AUGUCGAAGUCGUACGGCGUAUGGGUCGCAAACCCCGUGUCCUACUCUGCCCAAACACCCAAGCAAGAUUCAAAGUCACCACACAUCACCUUGAACUUCACCGAUGGUAGCAACGGUGGCGAAGCAGAGAUCAACGUCAAGUCCACGGAUAAGGAUACUCGCCUGGUCUACUGGGUCAAUCAACAAUCCUCCCACCCCAUUACCAAAUCUCUGGCGAACCUCGACCUGGGACCUCGCACAUUGGGCUCUGCGAAUAACUCCGACCUGGCUCUCGACUUCCAGCGCACGCAACCAGCACUUCUGCACAUCGACAAAGGCCAAGUUCUGGACUCCUACGAAAAGGGCCCAAACAAUGACAUUCUGGAAAAACUCGAGCCAAUCUUAGACCAGGCUAUCAAGGAGAAGGCCACCAUGUACCUUUAUGGUCAGAGCUACCACGACUCUGAUGGCCAGUCGGGUAUUCACGAUUUCCAUAUGAACCAAGGAUACCAGAAGGGGUACUCCAACGCGCUUUACAGCGAUGGCAGCUUUUUCAUCAAGUUCAACGACGGACAUUGGGAGGCUGUGUUUCUGGCAUUUGCGUCGCAGAGCUUGCCCACGGAUGACAGUGGUGAUCCGACGAGUGGUGCUGAGACUUUCGAGCAGCGCUUGGGUUCAUCGUCGUCGAAGUAA